CGGCACCCCCUCAGUUCAUCCUGUUUCCUGGGGGAGCCCUCUUUUUCACGCCUAGACUCGCUGGAGUUCUGGCUAGGGAGGGGCAGCAGGAUUGGCUCAGGGAUGAGCUCCACCCGUACUUCCCCACUUCUCACCUGCCCAGCCUGGCCCCAGCCCGGGAGAACCCGACGGAUCUAGUACCUGACAUGACACCUGAGCGGUCCCCUGGGGUCACCUUUCGCGUUUUUCUGGGGUCUCCUAGUUUGCCUCCCCCCAGCAUUGCUCUCUCUGCCGGGAUGUUCUGCUUCCAACCCCCGGGCAAUGAGACUCUUCUCAGCUCCCCAGCCUCCAGGGCCACGGGCACCGUGUUCUUGCUGCUGGCUGCGCUGCUGGGGCUGCCCGGCAACGGCUUCGUGGUGUGGAGCCUGGCAUGCUGGCGGCCCACGCGGGGAAGGCCUCUGGCGGCUACCCUGGUGCUGCAUCUGGCGCUGGCCGACGGCGCGGUCCUGCUGCUCACCCCACUCUUCGUGGCUUUUCUGGCUGGCCAGGCUUGGCCCCUGGGUCCCACGGGCUGCAAAGCCGUGUACUACGUGUGCGGGGUCAGUAUGUACGCCAGUGUCAUGUUCACCGCCCUCCUCAGCCUGCAGCGCUGCCUGGCCGUCACCCGACCCUUCCUGGCUCCAACCCUGCGCAGCCCUUUGCUAGCCCGACGCCUGCUGCUUGGCAUUUGGCUAGCUGCCCUGCUCCUGGCGCUGCCAGCAGCGACCUACCGACAUCUGUGGCAGGACCACGUGUGUCAAUUGUGCCACCCUUCACCUGCCGUGGCCGCGGCCCAUCUGACCUUGGAAACCCUGACGGCUUUCGUGCUACCCUUCGGAUUGGUACUGGGCUGCUACGGAGUGACUCUGGCCCGGUUGCGGAAAGGGCGCUGGGGGGCCGGGAGGCAGGGCGUGCGCGCAGGCCGACUAGUGAGCGCCAUCGUGCUGGCUUUUGGCUUGCUCUGGGCUCCGUACCAUGCUGUCAAUCUGCUGCAAGCAGCCGCUGCUUUGGCACCUCCCAGUGGGUCUCUGGCGCGGCUCGGAGGGGCGGGCCAGGCAGACAAACAGUAA